CACGCAUUCCUUUUUACCCUUUUUCUGGGACCCAUCACAGCCCACGCAGCUAGAAGCUGUAAGCCAGCCGUGACAGUUACGGAGUAUGUGACGGUAACUGGAGCCCCGACACCUGUCUCCAGCCUCUCUACGCCCCUGACGACCUCGACCUCCAUCGCAUCAGUGACCAAAGCUAGCUCAGCUCCGGAGCAGCAACCGUCUAGUGCUGAGACCAAGAGUCAAUCAUCAGCUCAGGUCAAUGACUCAUUGCCUAGUUCCACCGCCUCCUCCCCAUAUGCAGAUGCGACGGAGGUGAACGUCAACAUCGCAGCAAAAGUGCAAUGCGGAAACGACGAUCGUCUCAUCAUGCCAGGCUUGCCCUGGACAGUCGCCAACUCGAUGUAUAAUUCCAACCGAAUGGUCGGGACGCAAUGCACCAACUACAACAAGGUUCUGCAGACAUCCGACAAGACGUACCUGGUUGAUUGGACCAGCACCACGAACAUCGAGAACGUUGCCGACACAAACGACAUCUGCAAGGGCUACUCAAACAUUGGCAUUGGAAAGAACCUGAAAAAGCGUCUCUCCGAGGUCAAGUCUAUUCCUACCUACUACAAGUGGUCGCGUACGAUUGACGGAGAGUUCAAGGGUGCGAAUAUUUACGACUUCAUCACAUCCCCCGUCCUCGGCGCAGGCGAAGCACCAAGCAGCAAUGAGUUCAUGCUCUUCCUGAAGAUUUGGGGCGGGCAGGUUCCAAUCGGCUAUGCCGACGGCCCUGCCGCCACUUUUGACAUGUACGGCACGACAUGGAAGAUGUAUCAGGGCGAGAACACGGGCUCUGGCCAGACUGUACGAAGCAUGAUCCCGGACACGCCCUUUGAAGGCGAGUUUAGCGGAGAUUUGAAGGUCUGGCUGGACGCGAUGGUGGAGAAGGGCUAUGCCGGCAAGGACGAGUACCUCAACAUAGGCAACUGUGGUGUAGAGGUCUUCUAUGGCAAUUCUCACAUGGAUGCCACUGUUGCCCUGGAUAUCCAGGUCUAA